AUGACUGGAUUUUUCCAGUCAGAAUCCGAUGCAAUUCCGUCACCAGGAAUCCUAUCGGAUUUCGUCGGAUGGUCGGAUCCAACGUCGGAUUUGUCGACCUGGGAUGGUCAUGCUAAAUCAAUGGCCAGCAUUGAAAAUACUCAGAAAACAACUAAUUGUAUGCCUUAUCUUGGCUCAGCACAUCUUCAAGAUGACGAAUAUUCGUGUGAACUUCUUGAAGAAAUUAAUGAACCUGUUCUUGAACCAGUGAAAAUAGGUGGUGGUGAAAUACAAUUACAACAGCAACAACUUUUUGCAGAUGCUAAUUUACAACUUCAAAAUGAUUUCAAACGUAAAUUACCACAACAUCUUGCGAAAGUUGAUUCGAACAAAGAACUCAAUAUUCGACAAGAACAUAUUCUUGAAUCAUCUUAUGAAUAUUUUAAUGGUGAUCUUUCCGAAGAUAAUUGCUUGAAAUCGUUAUGGAUUACGCAAAAAUGUUUAAUCGAAGCUGAUAUCAAUCUUGCACCUCUUCUUCUGAUUACCUGA